AUGUUUUACAUCAUUGGAUUAGGAUUAAGUGAUGUUAAAGAUAUAACCGUUAAAGGAUUAGAAAUAGUUAAAAAAUGCGAUCAAAUUUUUUUAGAAAAUUACACGUCUAUAUUACAUGUUAAUAAGGAAGAAUUGAAAAUGAUGUUUAAUAAAAAAAUAACAUUGGCUGAUAGAGAUUUAGUCGAACAAAAUGCUGAUGAAAUUUUAUGCAAUGCAAAAGAAAAAGAAAUAGCACUUCUAGUGAUAGGAGAUCCAUUCGGAGCUACAACUCAUACAGAUAUCAUUUUAAGAGCCAAAGAGAAAAAUAUUCCCUAUCAAAUAAUUCACAAUGCAUCCAUUAUUAAUGCUGUCGGAUGUUGUGGACUGCAGCUGUAUUCUUUUGGCGAAAUAAUAUCCAUACCUUUUUGGACUUCCACGUGGAAACCUGAUAGUUUUUUUGAAAAAAUAUUAUCCAACAGAUUGAGAGGACUUCAUACAUUGUGCCUAUUAGAUAUUAAAGUAAAAGAACCUACUUUGGAAAGUAUAAUGAAAAAAAAAAAAGAAUACAUGCCUCCAAUGUUUAUGACGGUCAAUACUGCAGCAACACAAUUAUUACAAAUUUUAAAUAAUUUUUCAAAUGGCGAACAAGGUCAUUGCUUGGAUGAAGAAACAAAAUGUGUAGGCUUGGCUAGAAUAGGUUCAUCUGAUCAAAAAAUAAUUUUUUGUUCAUUAAAAGAAAUGGAAAAAGUUGAUUUAGGAAAACCUUUACAUUCAUUAAUUAUACCUGGAAAAUUGCAAAUUUUAGAAGAACAAUAUUUACAUCAGUUUGCAAAUUCUAAUUAA